AUGAGUACUUCCGCCCGUGCAAGUGCCAGGCCGGCUCGUCUCGACGGCGGCCGCGCGCCGCACCCAUCGUCGCCGUCGCCCGCCGAGUCUGCUCGUCCUCGCCAUGUCGGAAAAAGUAAGUGCCUGCGCCGCGCAUCGCCCGCUCACGCCGGUCCUCGGUCCCGCCCGUCCGUCGCUGACAGGGUCGGCAAGAAAACCAGCCAUCUGCUGGUGCCCAGUGAUCUGCCCGAGGUGGCGCCCCAUCAGCACCUCCCGGAAGUCUACCGGCCGACGCCGCCGCCGCCGCCGCCGCUGCUGCUGCAGGAAGCGUCGCGGGAGCCCGCCGUCGGCUACGACCACCGCGGCCUCGCCCCCGGCUACAGCGAGCAGCCCGUCGCCGGCCCCGUCGCCGCCGGCUGGUCACCCUCGGAGAGGCAACGCCCCCGGACCCUCUGCGGCUGCGGCUCCCUCGUCUUCCUCCUCUCCGUCGUCAUCGCCGUCCUGGCCGCCGCCGUCGUGGGCCUCGCCGCUGGCGCAGGCAUCCUCGUGGGCCAACUAAACGACGCAAACGCACGCUUCGAGCGGCUCAAGCUGUCCGUGACGCCCCAGGAGGGCCUCCCAAGCUGGGCCAACGUCACCCGCGGCUGCACCGACGAUCCGAAGGGAACGACGGGCGAGACCUUUCAGCCACCAUUCUUCAACAAUGAGACCUUGGUCAAGUACUGCAACAAGGACGCCGUCGGCACCCCCUUCUACUCCCUCUUCGCCUCCGACUUCAACGGCUGCAUGUCCGCCUGCGCCUCCUGGAACUUCCACAACGCCUCGACCAAGACCACCUGCGGCGCCGUCUCCUUCAUCCCGCUCUGGAGCGUCCAGGAAAACGCCCUCGCCGGCGGCGCCCCCGGCGACUGCUACCUGAAGACGCCCCAGGGCGUCAAGGAUCUCAAGGAGCCCAACAUCGGGACCGAGUGCCACGCGGCCCUCGUGAAGCGGUGA